GUCGAAUAAAUGUAGUUCGUUAAUUUAGCACUUCACCGACAGAGGGCGUACCGAAUCGGAUGGCGGACUUUUUAAAUCAGCCACCUCCAAGGUACAUCACUAUCAAAGACAGAAGUGAAGACCAGCAAGAUGAGGCAGAGGAAGAACUUGAAACAGCCUUAGAAUCCAAAGCAAAAUUCAUCAUCAUUGAACCACAUCUUGUUGGUGAACUAACUGUAAGAUGGAUCAAAGUGGGAAAUUUCUUCCACAAAGUGUCUGUUGUUUCUGGAGUUAUAGCCCUUGGUGUGAUGUACACAAAGAGUGACAAAGUAUUCAUCUAUUUGCCGUUUGCAACUAUGAGCAUUUUAUCCUCAGGACUGUAUGCCUUGUCAUCAAAUGAUCCAUGUUGUAAAUAUCAAAUUGAAACUAGCAUGAAGAACAUAGAAAAGCUUCCAUUACAUAAUUUGUCAAGUAGUAGCCCAGUAAUACUAAUAAGACGUGAUGACACUCGACGAAAAUGGCUUCAAAAUAUCGUAGCUGUCACUGCUGGAGGACUUUCUGUAUGGAGACUAUAUCACUGGUUUUAUAACCAUUGACACAGUGUUUUAAAAUGAUGAUUUUAAUUAAAUUUUUAGCUGUUA